AUGGCUGGCUCCCAGGUCCGCUGCUUGGAGAGCGAAGAACCUUAUGCCAAAGUAACCGAAUCGAAUCCUGAAUUUUAUUACUGUGAGGGUCAGCGGCUGGCCCUUGAAGCCCUGCUCGCUCAGGGUAAGGCUGCAUUUGAAGAAUCCCUCUCCCGGGAAAAGCUGCGCCCCUUCCUGUCGGAGGCGGAGCAACAAGAACUGAAGGAGGCCACGACUGCAGAAGAGUCCCAGGUCCUUCCGUCUGGAGGAGCGGGGAGGAACAAGUAUGGGGAUCAAGGAUCAAGUCUCAGCUAUUGGCCUGGACGGUCGGACGAGCCCACACCAGACCUGGAGCUGGGAUGGCCGGAAGACGGGGCCUGGAAAGGGAUUACCCGGGCAGAGGUGUACACCCAUCCCCCAGGAGAGGGAGCACCACACAUCAAGGAGGUGGUGCGCAAAUGUCUUCAGCAAGCCAACAAGGUGAUCGCCAUCGUCAUGGACGUUUUCACGGACCCGGACAUCCUCUCGGAUCUGUACGAUGCUGCUGUCCGGCGCCGAGUCCCAGUGUACAUCAUACUCAGCAGACGGCAUCUCGAUGCCUUCCUCAUCAUGGCUGAGAAAAUGUGCCUAAAUGUCCGAUAUACGGAGAAGCUGAGAGUCCGAGUCAUCCAGGGUUGCGCCUUCCAAAGCAGACACCAGAAGCAGGUCACGGGGUCGCUGAAGGAGAGAUUUGUGCUGGCUGAUGGAGAAGUCGCAAUCACUGGCAGCUACAGCUUCACGUGGACCGACGCCCGGUUGAAUCGUCACCUGGUCACUAGGCUUACAGGGGAGGUGACAGAAGCGUUUGAUCGAGAAUUUCGAACCUUGUAUGCUGCUUCCUGCCCCUUGCCAGGCCUAGAGGUACCCUCUAGACCCCAAGUUGCUCAUGUGCCUCCACUACCUGCCACGAAUGGACCAGAGGUGGCUCCAUAUGUCAGUAUCCUGGAUGGGGUACAACUGUCCUCCAACCGCAUUGCUGAGAGGCGCUCUGUAGCACCGCAUCCUGUGGCCAAGAGCCGUGCCGGUGAGUGGGAACUCGUGUUAGCCUCACCUGCGACUGCGGAGGAACCUGUGCUACCGGCUCCACUGCCUGAGGCCUCGAUCCGGAACCGUUUAGGAGCAUGGCGAGGCAUGGACCUGUCCGGGAGAGCCCCGCAGGGAUCCCAAGAACGGCACAGCGCUCUCAGUGAUAUUUUCCGGAAGGUGCAGCGGGCCCAACUCUCAGCAGCCAAGACCACGGGUGCCCGUGCUAGUAAGUCACUGUGGGACCUCAGCCGUUUCAGCCAAAUGUCCGGAUCCAGCACAGGGUUUGACCGCAAUGGAAUAGACCCAGCUGAAGAAGCAAAGAAAUGGGGUUACCAGGACACACCAGCCAGGGAACUAAUGAAACAACGUGUGGUUGGCCAUGCUCCGGAUGAGCCACGGAUGCCAGUCUACCUGGCACAUGGGCGCAUGCCACCUUCCUCUGGCUACCCAGGUCUAGGAAGACUACAAGGACAGCUAUAUCGUACGACUGCCCAUCCAGGUAUGCCCCGGGCUUGGGGGCAUACAGGAAAGCCCCCCCAUGGGCAUAAUUUCCGCUUCUGAAAUCCCUCCCAUCUAUCUUGAGGUAGAAAACCUAUCAGAAGGCUAAUGCGGGACACAAACUGUGUAAGAUUUGCCCCAAGAACAACGGCUUACAGAAAGGAGGAGAAAUUAGAGAGAUGCCACGUCAGGAAGAAUUAUAACUUGGUGUUGCUGGUUUAUCAUGAGAUACGCUGGGAGGCAUUUGCCGCCUCAGGAAAUUGCUAACAACUGAAAGAUGACAUUUGGGAUUGCUACCACUCGAUACUGGGGAAAUAACUUGGUUCUGAAGUGCAGCCUGGGAAACUGAACCGCGUCCCACUCGGGCAGCUACACUGGAGCACGACUGGUUCGUACUAGGAUGAACUGUAAACAAGCAAUAAGCGUGGAAACUUGCACAUUUUGGAUACAGCUGCUGAGACACUGAGAAUCAGUACAUGGAUUACACCAACAGAAAAAUGGAAGGGCUGGGCUAGUCUUUAACCCACCCACCGCUCAAUUAGUUGCAACUGAGGAUACUUGCAGAGUUUACUACACGUUUUAAAAACAGUCACUGCAGGUCAAGGAUAUAAUGUAGAGUUCUGACCAAAACACAGUAUUGGAGACUUGAGAAAGGGGUGUAGGCAGAAAUGCUGCAGAGUGUCUAAUAAGGCCCCUUCCGCACAUGCAGAAUAUAAUGCACUUUCAAUCCACUUUCAAUGCACUUUGCAGUUGGAAUUUUACUGUGCGGAAUAGCCAAAUCCACUUGCAAACAAUUGUGAAAGUGGAUUGAAAGUGCAUUAUUCUUGCAUGUGCAAAAGUGGCCUUAAAGUUAUGGCACAGCCCCACUGUUUCCUAGGGCUAGAGACUCCAUUCCAGGGCGGGUGUGAAUUGGGAGAUACAGGGCAGAUGAUUGAGAGACAAUAACUUGCUCCAAGACAGCAGAAAGGAAUGCUCCAUCCCAAGUUCAAGGACUAUAGCACUGGGCAAUGCAAAUUAGACAGCAGAUUAGACAAAGACACUGGAAACAGCUUCAGGUGAAUUUUGGGUUUUUAAUUCCAGUUGUCAAAGAAGAGAGAAAAAUCUAGACGACGAGUUGAAAGCGGAUAUCUCUCGGUAACCGUUCACUUGAGGUGGAACGCCAGGCCACAGUUUCCCCCUGUGGAAUAGCUAGACCGCCACGAGGACGAUCACAAUUCAGACUCGGAGAAAUAAUAUUCUGCGCCCAAAUGGGCAACAUCUGCUAUUUCUGCAAGAAAGCCGAGCAGCGGCAAAAGAUAAAAAGGGGAUCCUGACCGCCUUGUCUCUAUGCAAUUGCUUCCCUGCCAGGAAAUCUCAUUCCCUCAGCAAUCAAAACAAUUUUUGUCUCGGGGUGGGUGGGUGUGGGUGUGUUAGGAAAUGUGGCAGCAUCUUCACCCCAGUCGUUGCGUGAUUCCAGCAACCUGUGCAAAUAGCACAAGACUUAUGGGCACGGCGGGGUGGGGGGUGGGCGGUAGGGCCAAUAAAGAAAUUAAAAAUAAGGAAAACCAAUUCCGCUUCCUACCCUGCCAUGGUGAUAGCCGCACAUCUCUGUGGUAUUGUGGUCCAAAAGUCGCGAAACUGAAAGUUUACUGUUCAAAAAAACAACGCUAAAGGAGUUCUGACGGUUUUCAAUUUCUACCCUUCAAGCCUCUCUGCUCUGUCGAACCAAACGCUCGGCACACUGCAGCACCGGGGAACAUUCCUGAGCUCUUUUUUAAUCCUCUCCUCCAUUAGUUAUUAACAUCAGGGCUAAAGUAUUACGUUAUGAUUAACACUGAAGACUUUGCCAUAUGGCGGAAGUCUUUUGAGGGGGGGGAACAAAAGAUGUGGAAGCUGCGCCCUCUAGAGGUCGGACUCCCCACGGCACCGUUUCCAGUAGCAACAUCAGCGCAAGAAUGUCUGAACCAAGAAAGUGCUAGCGGCACAAAAGGAAGCCCCCUUUCUGGAGGGACUUGCUUGGAACGGAGAUAAAACCUCUCUUGAAGCCGGAACCUGUUUCCUGGCAUAGCAACGAGACCCUGAAAAAUCUCACAGCCGUCCACUGUCGCCAGUUACUUCUCACGUGCUCAGAGAAACUCAACCGAUGGUUUUGUCAACAGGCUGAAAGAGAGGAGAACAGACAUUUAGAGACCAGAGGACCAGGGAUUCAAGGACACACAGCCAGAAUUCCAGAUUAGACCAUUGACCCAGCUAUACUCUGUUUCACAUAAAGAUGUUAGUUUGGGCAGUUGAGGUGCAGCAGUCGAGAAAAUGGUACGCAUCCGCAUUAGAAUAGAGUCAUAAGAGCAUAAGAACAAGCAUGCUGGAUCAGACCAGAGUCCAUCUAG